AUGUCUACGCCAUGCCCACAAGCGUACGGUGCGAGGGAAUUAAGGACAUCCCUAGACAUGACCACCGCGGACGAGUCUUUGACGGCUCGAGACCUUCCAUCGCAAUAUCGCCACCGAGACAAGGAAGACAUGGACGAACUCUCUCGGAUCAAGCGCGCCGAGUCGAGCAUCCCAUAUCCAUCAACACUUCCUCGAGAGGCCAUCUUCGUUGCUGUCCUCUGCUCCGCCCAGCUUAUGACCCAGGCCGGCCUGGCCAUCAGCAUCGCCCCUAUGCACAUAAUAGGCCAGAGUUUCGAUAUUUCGCCCGUGGCUGGUGGUAGCCAGUUAAGCUGGUUUUCCGCAGCAUACUCUCUCACUGUCGGCACAUUCAUCCUCAUCGCUGGGCGCCUUGGCGACGUUCUUGGCCACAAAAUAUUCUUUGUCGCCGGCUUCGUGUGGUUUGGGCUGUGGUCGCUAAUCGCUGGUAUUGCGGUCUACAGCGGGCCGAUUCUUUUUGACUUCUGUCGCGCCAUGCAGGGCAUCGGCCCAGCGUUCCUGCUACCCAACGCCCUCGCCAUCUUGGGCCGCAGCUACGAGCCCGGCCGCCGGCAGGAGAUGGUAUUCAGCCUGUUUGGUGCCACGGCUCCUGGCGGUUUCGUCCUCGGCGCAGUUUUCAGCAGCCUGCUAAGUGAGCUAGCAUGGUGGCCCUGGGCAUAUUGGUCUAUGUGCUUUGCUUGCCUGAUUUUCGCCAUUGCUGGUUUCCUCGUCAUCCCUCCCACGCCAGCACUAGAAUACGAUGACGAUAAGGAGUCAAGCAUAUGGAGUCGAGUCGAUGCCGCUGGUGGUGUUACUGGCGUAUCUGCCCUGGUAGUUUUCAACUUUGCAUGGAACCAAGCUCCAGUCGUCGGCUGGCCGACUCCUUAUACUUACAUCACGCUAGUCGUCGGCAUCGUCGUUUUUGUUGCGUUCAUCCUUAUCGAGAGGCAUGUCGCACAUCCACUUAUCCCCUUUGGCGUACUUCAGAUCGAUUCCGUCUUAGCCUUGGCGUGUAUCAGCGCCGGCUGGUCCAGCUUCGGUAUCUUCGUCUUAUAUCUCUGGAACUUCCUUAUGCUGCUCAACAAGCAGUCGCCUCUGCUUACCUCGGCGCAGUUCAGCGUCGUCGCCGUCAGCGGUUUGUGUGCAGCGUUGACCACAGGGUUAAUUCUCUCGCGGAUCAAAGCCUCUACUGUCAUGUUGAUUGCAAUGACAGCUUUUGCAGUUGGAGGCACUCUUCUCGCAACACUUCCAGUGGGCCAAACGUACUGGGCUCAGGUUUUCGUGGGCCUAAUUAUUCUUCCAUGGGGAAUGGACAUGUCUUUUCCUGCCGGCUGUAUCCUGCUAAGCAGAGCUAUGACGAAAAGGCACCAGGGCCUCGCCGCAUCCUUGGUUAACACUGUCGUGAACUACUCAAUCUCCAUCGGGCUCGGCUUUGCCGGCACCGUAGAAUACAACGUCAAUGAUGGCGGCAAGGACAUUAUAGCAGGAUUCCGUGGUGCCUGGUACACGGGCGUUGGCCUGGCUGGCCUCGGAGUUGUGGUCGCGCUGACUUUUGUCUGUUCAGAAAGGUUGCGCCGGUAG